AAUCAAGAAUGUGGCACAGUGGCUGACACCAACAACACAUACUUUGUGAAUCCCAAUUUCCCCGAGCCAUUCAGUGCAGCAGGCAACUGUAGGUUGACAGUCAAGAUGAUCAACCCAAACAUAUGCCAAUUGCGGGUGCACUUUCAUGAGUUUUUGCUCACUGGGCCCAGUUUGGCAGCAGCUUCUGCUGGACAGUGUAAAGCUGACAGAUUGAUGAUUUCUGGAACCAGAGGUGAACCACCACCACAGAUUUGUGGGGUCAACCAUGGACAGCACAUGUACUUGGACGUGAACAGAGACAGAGCACCUGUUUUAUUCGACAUCAUGACAUACGGAGGACAAAUAAAACGCAAAUGGAAAAUCGAGAUUUCGCAAAUUCCUUGCGGAGAAUACGUUGCCCCCAGUGGUUGCUUGCAAUAUUUCACAUCCUUGUUGGGCUCAGUGAAGAGCUUCAACUUUGAUGGGAGUUUGCACCUGGCGCAUCAGCGAUAUUCGAUUUGCGUGCGGAUGGAGCCGGGAUUUUGCACAAUCGAAUGGUCACCAGCAAUGGAUGAAAAUGAGAACUUGAUCGAACAUGCUUUCACCAUAUCUGACACUCAGCCUAGAGGAGAACAUUUGAUCGCAGGGACUGAGUUUGCAGAUCCAAGGAGAAGAAUUCCAGGAGGAAAACCUGUGUGGGCAACUUGCACAGGUGGACCAGGAUUUGCAGACUAUGUUUCAAUCCCUUGUGGGUCACCAGAUGGCGACAGGGUCUUCACAUUAUUGGGUCCCACUGGAGGAGACCAAGUGUCCUGUGCUCACAAAUUCUGUGGGCAGGCACUGAAUCAUUUGAAUGGUGCAAAUGGAUCCGUCCCUGUCAUCAGUUCAGUGAAGCCGUUUCAAAUUGAAGUGCACUUCGAUGGAAGUGAGAGUGAAGAUGGCGGAGAUGGAGGAAUGCCCAACAGGGGUUUCCAUCUGAGAUGGACUCAGAAACCCUGUCAAGGAUGAUUGAUUUGUUUCUGUUUCUGUUUAUUAUUGGGUAAAAUCCAUGUCUGCGGAUCUCCGGUCCAUUUAUUUAUUGCCUCAAGAAGCUGCAUGCUUCAGUUGGAUGUGAAAAAAAAAAUUCGAAGACUU